UAAACGUCGGCCUUGACUGGAGGGGGGGCGUCUCUAAGGAGCAGGGAAAGCUCAGGUGGCGCUUGGCUCCAGCCAGGGGCGUCACUAGGGGGGUGCGGACCGCACCGGGUGACACCAUCAGAGGGGGGUGACUUUCAGCUUUAAUUUUUUUUAAAAAUUAAGUUUCUAGGUGGUCCGGUUCUCAAGAUAUACAUAAAAACGUCAGCCGCCCCCUAGUUGCAUCACGCGGGGGGGGGGUGCAGCGUGCACCAGGUGCCACCAUCAGAGGGGGAUGAGUCUCAGCUUUAAUUAAAAAAAAAAUCAAGAUUUUAGAUGGUCCGGUUCUUGAGAUAUACAUAAAAACGUCAGCCGCCCCCUUUAAAUCUUUUUUUAAACUACUGUAUAGCACUUUAUAGCUUUAACCCCGCCGGUUCAGGAUUGCAGCCAAUCAGUGAAGUGUUUGUUUGACCUGUGGCAGUGUCUAGUAGACCUCAUUGUAAGGCCAGAAAAUGGUGGUUUCCCCCCUCCCCCCUCCGUUUAUCUGAAAAUCUCAUAAAUUGGGAGACAAGAGACGAGGGCUUGAAUAGGCAAAAAAGGAGGAUUCAGCAAUCCCUGGUAGGAUGCAUGGAGAAUGUGAGGACGCUUUUUCAAGCAAUGCAUCCCCCUGUUCCUAAUCAGCAAAAUGACACCGUGUGGGUAAGGCGAGAUCUUUCUUUGGAUCAGAUCCAGCUGGCAAAAUAGUCUGCAAGAACCCAGUGAAGAAAGCUCCACGCUCCCAAGUUUGCCACAAGCUGCCUCAAGAGGAUGCCAACGCUAGCCACAAACGUUUGGAACUAUAUCCCUGAAGAAAUCCUUGCCAACAUAUUUUACUACUUGUCCCUCAAGGACAGGCACGCGGUGUUCCAUGUGUGCAGGCACUGGGCCGCAGCAAUUUCUACCAGUUCCGUCUGGAGUUUUACAGAGGUCAGUUGCGACACGGAGGAUGAAGAUGAGGAAGGCACUUUGCAGAGUUUGCACCAGUUUCUGUGUCACAUCAAGCAUCUGAGAAUUGUAUUUGAUCAGUCCAAGGAGGCGGUUCGCAGGAACGUCACCCAAAUUUUGGACAUGCUGGCUGAGCAGAACCACAAGUUGCGGGCCCUGUGCAUUGCGUGCAAAGGGGAAAACCCGUACUUCUAUUCUGGCCAAGAUAUCCUGCAGAGCAUCCGGAGAAUCUGUCAGAGCGAGACCAAGGUCGAUCUUCAGUGUAUUGAUUUCCGGCAAAUGCCUUUCACUCUGGACGACGGGAUCGUUCAACUGAUUGCGUCCAGCAGUCCGAAUCUGCGCACCUUAUUUAUCAACAACCGCACCCUGGUUUGCAAUGUCAAGCCAGAGACCAUCAGUGAGGUUCUGAGGGCUUGCCCUAAAUUAUCUACCUUGGGGGUCUAUUAUGCUAGCCUGUCUGAGGACGUUUUUCAGGAACUAGUAAAGCCAAACAGAGGACCUUUCAAAUGCCUGGACAUUUUCUGUGAGCGCCUGGACAAGUACAUCCCUGUUAUCCCUGAAGAGCUUUGGACUGUGGUGAGUGACAGGUACCCACAGCUCCAGGUAGACCUGGAGUUUGACCACACCGUCCCUGCGUGGAAGAUACCUCGGAUUCUAAAGCCAAAUAUCCCCAUGACCACUUUGCAACUUAACACUUUUACGUACAUGGUGAACCAGAUUAGAUUUGUCACCAGCAACUACAGCAGGUCUCUGGAGAGGCUGGUCCUCCACACCACGGCAUCAGAUGACCUCAACACCUCUCUAAUAGAUCUGGCAAAAAUGUGUGUGAGUUUGAAAGAGGUCCACUGUUACUGUGUGGUCAGCCAUGCAGUGGUAGAAGCCUUUCUUUUACAUUGCACAGGUUUGAAAAAAUACACUCUCAAGACCACCAAAGAGCGUAGCCCUUGGCAGCCUACAAUAAUCCAGUGAUCUGCCAUUUUACCCAAGGGCACAUUCACACCUGUCCAUUCAAAUAGUAGGAGUUUACUCCAGUGGUAGCUUCCAUGGUAUUUGCUGCCGUACUGUCUGGACCCCUAAAACUGCAAUCCUAAUCCUGUUUAUUUAGGAGUAAGCCCCACUGAGUUCAAUAGAGCUUCCUCCUGAGUAGACAAGGUUAGGAUUGUGCUAUAACUCUGUUUACUCCCGCUUUACUGCUGAACUUAUCAUUGGAGUAAGCAACUGCUAUUUCGGAACACAGAUGCAAAUACAUGCUAAAGUUGGGGGUGAAAUCAAGCGGGUCAAUGCACAACCCAAAUAGAAUUAAGCACGCUCACAGCACAAUCUUAACCUUGCCUACCGAGACCUAAGUGCGACUGAAUUCGAUAGGGCUUCCUCUAGGAAAGUGGGGUUAGAACUGCAGUCUUAUGCCACAUCCACACCUUACAUUUAAAGCACGAUUAUACCACUUUAACAGUCAUGGCUUCCUCCAAAGAAUCCUGGAAAAUGAGAGUGCUGAUAGUUGUUAGGAGACCCCUAUUCCCUUCUCAGAGCUAAAUUCCCAGAGUGCCUUGGGAGGAAGGACUGAUUAUUAAACCACUCUGGGAAUUGUAGCUCUUUAAGGGGAAGAGGGGUCUCUGCACCCUUCACAAAUUACAGUUCCACGGAUGCUUUCAGGGGAGCCAUGACUAUUAAAGUAGUGUCAUAAUACUUUAAAUGCAAGGUGUGGAUGGGACCUUACUCUCAUUAUUUAACUGUGUGAAUAAGUUACUGUCUUUGUCCUGGAAACGGGUCAUCAACAAAAAUAGAGCUAGAUAUAUUUUUUCAGUCUCUUGUAAAAUCAUAGCACUUAAUAAAUUGGUGACAUUUUCAUGAUAAUUCACAAUAAAAAGUUGUAUAU